UACUAUAUACACUAGUACUGUAUUUUCUACAUAGAGAGGUAGAUAUGGUGAUAGGUCCUAAGAUACUAGGAUGCAAGAAGCCCAGAUGAGGAGAGACAGUGUUGAAAGAAGGACUCUCUGAUCCUCCAUCAUCUGCAGGAAGGGGAAAACACAUACGCGCGUGCACACACAGACUCCCACAGACACGCACAAGCGCACUGUGCUGAACGCUAGCAAGGAGCUUUAAGCCGUUUCACCCGAUACCAAGACAAAGGAACACUAACCCCACGACAAUGGAGGAAAACAUGGACGAAUCACAAAGCCAGAAAGGUUGUAAGGAGUGUUGUGAGCGAUGUGUGGGUAGUUUGCCCUGGGCAUCCCUCAUUGCCACCAUCCUCCUCUAUAUGGGCGUGGCCUUGUUCUGUGGAUGUGGCCAUGAGGCAUUGAGCGGUACUGUCACCAUCCUCCAGAACUACUUUGAGGUCAUCAGAGCCCCUGGAGAAACACUGGAUGUGUUCACCAUCAUUGACAUCCUGAAGUACAUCAUCUAUGGCCUUGCAGCUGGAUUCUUUGUCUUUGGAGUGCUGUUGCUGGUGGAGGCAUUUUUCACCACUGGAGCAAUUAGGGAUCUGUAUGGAGAGUUCAAGAUUACAGUUUGUGGACGCUGCCUGACUGCAUUUCUGAUGUUCCUGGCCUACUUAUUUUUCCUGGUGUGGCUGGGUGUGACAGCAUUCACCAGCCUGCCGGUCUUCAUGUACUUCAAUGUUUGGUCCAUGUGCAAGAACACCAGCCUGGUUGAGGGAGCCAACCUCUGCCUGGACCUGCGCCAGUUUGGGGCUGUGACCAUAUCAGAGGAGAAGAAGGUUUGCACGGGGUCUGAGAAGUUCUUCAAGAUGUGUGAAUCUAAUGAGCUGGACCUGACCUUCCAUCUGUUCGUGUGUGCAUUGGCCGGAGCAGGAGCUGCUGUGAUUGCAAUGGUCAAUUUUCUGAUGGCAUUGGCUGCUAACUGGGGAUACCUGAAGGAUGCCAGUCGGAUGCAGAAAUAUGAAGAUAUCAAGUCGAAGGAGGAGCAGGAGCUGCAUGACAUCCACUCUACACGCUCCAAAGAACGCCUCAACGCCUACACAUAAACACAUGAGAUGGGAAACAAUGCACUCACUUACCGAACAGACACGCAAAACAAUUUAUCCGCACACAGCAACAGUCAUGGAUAGAAGGAUAUCAUAACAUAUUAUACAAUACACACCAGUAAAGAACAUAUAUACAGAUCUGUGUUCGGCAGCAAAGGUGAUGAAAAGAAAAACAGUGAUCUCUUUCGUGUGCUCCCGUUGAUCUUGCCUUGGUGAUCUACAGUGUGCUAAUAUGCUCAACAUCAACCACAUGAAGUGAAAGUUAACCUUGGGUUUGCUAAGACUUCAUCACAUCCAAUGGGACAUGAGAGAUUAUCUUUACAUUUAGUAGUUUAUGAUGGAAUCAGACCUUCAUUAAGAUGGGAAACCCUCGACAAUUCUGUCACAUAUAGUGCAUACAAAUACAAAUGCUGUUUAAGGAUAGAGAAUUUGUGACAGUGUAUAACAGUAACCAGUUUUGACUCGAAUAAAGAAAUAACCAGAUAAUUCUCAGAAAGCAAACCUACAUAUAAAAAUUCAAGAUAAAAUAUGAUAUGCCCCAAAAGAAAAAAAUCCCAAGAAAUGAAGACCUUUCCUUUGCAGGCCAUAGUAGUUGACUGAUGGUUAAUAGUAAUCCCGUAUGAAUGUGCAGCUCUUAACACAUUUAUUAGACCAACUGUCAUAAAGGUGGCAUAAUCCUUACAAUGAGGUGGCGGUCAAAUAAAAAUGUUAAGCACCGUACAUAAACUAACCGAAAAGAAACCAUCCUUACAAAUGUCCGCUGCGCGCAUGACACACUAAAGCAGCGAUCAGCAGAAGAAACACGGAAGAUUCCGUUGUCCUUAAGAUCAUCUAUUCAUGGAGGGUGGGUAAUAUCAAGACACUACCAUCAAGAACCUCAAUAUCCAUCACGCUAACACAAACACACGUACACACACACACUCACACACAUAUAGAUGUGGCUGAAUGGUCAGUGUUGCGCAGGCAACGUUGUAUGGUGGUGUCAUGCCGUGCUGUCAUUUACCCACAUUAUGAUGACUGGUAUUGCAAAUCAACAUGGUUCCCGAGGACGGUUGUACUUAAAUGAGUACAAACGGGUAGCUUGACUCACUUCUCAUCCCUGACCAAAUCUUUUCCUAGCUCUCAUCUGGAGCCCAGUUUCAUCAGUUGUGUUUUAUACAGUAGCCUACUCACUUCCUAUACAGUAAAAACAAGUCUACAACACAAAAGGUCAUUUGCAUAGCAGGUUGUGGCCUCUUCUUUUUUUUUUUUUUUUUUAUUUAAUCUAAACGUGCUGAAGAAUGUUUAAAAGUUAAUUCAUUAUAUGAAUCCAAACUUAUAUUUUCUACAUAACAUGACAUUACAUUUGCACUUAAGGUGGCUCGUCAUUUAAGACAACUGUGAAAUUGGGCUUCUCUCCCCUUCCUCUCUGACAAUGUUUGUGUAAACAUGUACUUUGUCCUCCAGAAACAGCACAUCUUAGCAGUCUUUUAAAAUGCCAUGUCAGUGUCAUAUUGUUAAGACUACAUUUUUGUCACUUUUUGGAAUUUUUGCCGAAUUUUUAACCAGCAUUAUUCAUAUGUAAUUUUAAUAUUGGGGAACCUGCGAAGGGCAAGUGUGUAAGGGGGGGAGGGGGGUGGGGGGGGUCGAUAUUACAUUCACAGUUUCAUGUGAUUCUGCACAAACAACUACACAAAAAAAAAACCACACGUGUGAACACCAGUCAUUGUGAGAUUUUGAUUCUAUGGUUUUGCUGUCAUGUUCAGUAGUUUAUGUCUUUGUAUACCAGGCUCUAAUUAUACCAAAAUUUGCUCUUUUGUCUUGAAAAUAAUCCAGAUCCUCACUAGAACAGACAAACUCGUCCUUGGUAUCAUGAAGAGAUAACUGUGACUUGUGAAGGGUAUCUUGGUUGAGUAGUAGUGGCUUUCUAGGUCAGGUUGAGCAUGUGUUUUUUUUUUUUGUUUUUUUUUUUUGGGGGGGGCUUUCAGUCCUAACUGGAUCUUUUCAGAGGUGAAUGAUUUUACAGAAGCAUAGGUCUCAUAUAUUUUGAGGGCCUUUACUCGACAUGUGGUGGAUAGGCCUCACAGGAGAGCCACGAGAGGGAAACUGUUGUCCGCUUUAACAGUCAUCAUUUUGUAUUAUUUCAGUGCUUUUAUAUUAUAUGCCACAGUACCCUUUUAUGGAUUAAGAUCUACAUUGCAGGUUUAUUCGAAUGCUAUCACAAGGCAUGUUUUGUUUGUACUAAGUGCGACAAAACUGAUUAGUAAAAUCAUUGUGUGCUACUAAUAAGCUCUAAGGGAAUGUGAGUCUCUAUCUGCCAGUAGAGAUGGUUGAAAGAUUAAUAGCGAUCUGUAUUGUUGAGAUGAGGAUAAUUGAUUGAUUAAUGGAUUGAUGAUGAGAAAACCAACAGACACACACACUAACCCCAUUAUUGCCAUCACUCUGAGCCAUAACGCUGCUCUUUUAUUGUUCACAUUAGCCUUUCACUAUUUUAUUAAGAACUUUUCAUGCUAUUUUUGUUAAAUCCUAUAAUUACAAAAGGGUGUCUAAAAAAUGGUAAAUGCACUGCAGUUAUAUCAGUCAAUUCAUGUCUUUUUUUUUUUUUUGUCUAACCAGUAAUAUGCACUGCACUUACAAAUAUUCUGUAUAAAUAUACGUACAGUACAUAUGCCAAGAAAAUUAUUUCUGAUAGGUAACAGAGUCUGAAGGGUGAAGUUUAGAGUCAAUUGUCCAGCUUCUCGCCAUUAGAGCGGUAUUUACGGUACACACACACACACACACACACGCGCGCGCGUGUAGGCACGCACACACAGGCACGCAUGCACACACAGAGUACUGCUAGAAGACAAAAUUGUAUGAAAUAUUUUUUCAACAGUUGAGCUUGUUAAGACAAAUGCUGUUCCUAUUUUGACAUAUUAUGAUAUGGUAAAAUAAAUUUACCACUUUACACAAAUUGGGUGCAACGUUAUAGACACUGUAUUUGACUAUGAAUUGAAAAUGAAGGAAAAAUCAGUUGCAAUUUGUUUUCCCAAGGAGCUUUAAAAACAUCAAAACAGCAUCAUGUAGAAAACCAAUGUGAUAUGAUUGAAUGUAUCGAAACCUAAACUAAACCAACUUAGACGCCACGAGGGUUCGUGACAAUGUGUAAAUGCAGCCUGGAUGAGGCACAAAAGGCACCGUUCACCAGACAGUUCCUGUGUUUUGGGGUGUCUUGGCUGAAUACAGUCAGUAUUUUUAAGGGUCGAGUUUUGCAGUAACAGUAUUCAUUUCAUAUCAUCUCAUUGCCUGACAUUGGAAGUCGUCAGUGUUUUUAACCUCAGAAACAAAAAAAUGUUUUGUGCACUUAUUGACGAUUGUGAGCUCUCUAUCUCUCUUAUUCUUGGUGUAUGUGCAUUGACGUCCCCUUUGUGGGAUCUGUGUAUAGUCUUGCGGCAUUGGUAUAACCUGAAAAAGUAACAAUGAUGAAAAUGAAUUAAUUCAUAAAAAUAAAGAAAAUCUUAUUCUAGGUUAAUUUUAAAGAAGACUGUGAAUCUAGUUGUUGUUUGUGGCAUGGUUAUGCAUUCAAUGGUCAUAAUUUUAAUGAUUAAACAGUACAAAAAAUAUUUUCCACUAAUGCUGUUCUGCUAUUUGUGUUUUGUUUUUGACUUUUUAGCUUGCGGUAUUGAAGUCCUAGUUGCUAAUGGUGUUGCUAAGCUAGCUAGCUUGUUUAGUUGUUUACCACCAGAGCAAUACAUUGUACCAGUUUAACAAAGAUAACAAUUAAAUAUGAAUCCUUAACCUGAUUUUUUUUGGCUAACAAGUGCAUGACAAAACUGCAAGUCUUAAGUGAUAUGAUUAAUAGUGUUAUUUAUUGUUUUUCAAGAGAUUUGCAGCUAUGAUGUAAUGUAUUGCUCUGGCCGCCCAUUAUGCACCAACCCACUUCAGCGCACAUCCUUUGCCUCUUUCUAUCACAUGAAUUCACUAUUCACUUUUGACAAACUUGAAAUCUUAAUGUGUUUCUUGGUCUCGGCCCUUGAAACUGUGUUGCCAUCGAAUCACCAUGUUACCUAGCAACAAGCCAAUCAUUCUUUUUUAGGAGCAACAGUCAAAAGGGGGAGAAAAUUGCUUUUGGCCGUGAUGACUGGUGCUACCAUGGUUCAAAAUUAUGUAAAGAACCAAUACAAUUUUUCCCGGACCGGAAAUCUUCAGUGUGAAUCAAGAAUGUCACAACUGGCGUUAGAAAGUGGAAAAGGAUGUGAGCUGCUUGCGCUCCAUUCGUUUGAAUCUCCUUGUGAAAAUGUUUGUAUUGACACAUGCUAAUCCUGCGUCCUUCUUGUCUAUCCGCUGGCCGGUGCUUAAUUGGACUAACACUAACAUUCCACCUCCCUGGCUUUUGUCGUGUGUGAUUUCAGCAUGAAACAAAUCUUCAAAAACAUAAAAUGUGAUUCCUAUCAUUCUGUGAGAUUUUAUUUUUAUUUUGACUAUCUACCUGGAAUGCUACCGUGUGAGUUCUGCAGCUCAAAUCGUUAACUCUGAAUUACAGGAUGAACAAUCAGCUCUGUUCUUGAAUUAAUUCAGCUCUUGACCAUCAUGAGCUCCACCCCAGAGUUAAAAACUGAUAUGAGGGUGCCACUUAAAAUGAUUAUCAGCUAUAUACACAAACAUCAAGGUUGGACAUUUUGGACGUAGGGAGAUUUUGUUUUUCUUCUUCGUUUCCAUAGUAGACUUUUUGUACUCCACUCUCGUUGCUUAGUAGCAGGCUUUCUUUGAUUCACUCCCCCAUUUUUUGUACAUAUCUGUGCCAACAGCUUGGGCAGACAGUGGCUUUUUUAAUUUGUAAAGACAUAAACUUGCUUGCAUAUAUAAAUAAAAUGAAAUAUUACACUUGUGUACUUGUUGUGAAGGAAA